UUCCUGCAGCGCUACUCCAGCGCCGUGGCGGGGCUGCUGCGGGGAGGACCGGGAGGCAGCUCCCCGGAAGGCGACUCCCCGAGGGUGGAGCGGGAUCAGGUGCACUGGCUGUCCGAGUGGGGCUUCGCGAUGGACGACCCGCACGUUCAGGCACUCCGGGAGGUGCACCGCCACCAGGGCGGCACCGCGGCCGUGCGCAGGGCCGAGCUGGGGGCCGCGGCGGAGACGGGCGUCGUCGCUGCGGUGCGCGGGGCCCUGAGGAGGGCGAUGUGCGCGGGCAUCGAGAAGGACACGCCGCAGGCGCGGGCGUCGCCCGGACACCUCUCCGCGCCGGUGGGCGUCGGCUCCUUCGUUCCCGUGCCCGUGCUCCCUUCGCCGCCCCCGGCGAUGGUGCUGCUGCUCGUCCUCAUCGUGCCGGGGCACGCGCUGCCGCGGGGCCGGUGGACCGAAGACAAAACGAGGGAGAACGAUUACCUCAAGGCGCUUUCCAUCAGUUCCCUCGCGGUCUACGCCUCCAUCGCCAAGUAUUUCGUCAUCGUCGCACCACCGUGCUUGCAUCAUGACAAGCUAGUGGAGUGCAAUUCGGCGACCUAUCAGAGGCGUGGUUGGUGCCGCUUGGAGCAGUGGGCACGCAUGACGGUCGGAGGACUCCGUGACAUGUACAUUUAUGAGGGUGGCAAUUUAGAGCAACUCCUGGACCGGCCUCAUUGGUACGAAGCAAGCGUUAAGGUAUUCGAAGGGGACUUCACAGUGGAAGCGGAUAAAUACAACAUCGUCGACCCUGUCAUGGGUUUGUGGUACAUCGCUCUGCUGAAUGCAGACAGGCAGAAUAUUGAUAGUCUUUUGAUAGAUCUAGUGAAUCAGAACAAGGAGAGCGUCUUCCCAGCUGCAUACUUUGAGGACUACAUCGGAAAGUUAGAGGCACUGGUUGAACAAGAGAAGGGUUCGUCACAGCCACGCGAUCACUCAGUUCUCAUACAGUCGGUCAGUAGUUCUGCUGCUCUGUGCGAGGUCGUUGGCGCCCGCGAAGACCACAGGACCGUCCCGAGCGGCCGCGGCGAGAGCUCGAGGCAGGGCCCGAAGGCCGCGCGGCCCCUCGCCGACGCCUACCGAGGUCCUGCACCGACGUUCCAGCGCGCCAGAGCAGGCCUGCAGGCGUACGUGGACGCUGCCGCCGUAGGCGUCGCCUACGCAGAGUGCGACGUGUGGGCGACCCGGGACGGGCAGCUGGUGCUGAGCUCGGAGGAGAAGAACUGGCAUGAGCAUAAACCUCCGCGGAGUUUCGCGCGAAGCUCUUGGGCCUGCGCUGGGAUCCCCCGGCGGCGCCUCCGGCGCCGCCCCUGGCGCGCUCCGCGCGUCAUGGAGGGGGGCUCGGGCUCCAGCGCCGACCCGAGACACCCGCACAGAUCUUCAAGCCAGCUUAUGCCCGUGACUCUUUUCGCCCCUCUGUGA